UCCGCUUCUACAUAUAUCACUACAUAUUGUUAAAUGCCGACACUAAGCCGCUCAGUGUUACCUUUUCUGGUUACUUAGCCGAUUAGCGCUGACCAUAAGUGGCAGCUAGAAAAAGCGAGAGUUGUCUGCGACUCAGUCAAUGACUCAGGCGAUAGUCUGGGUUUGAUCGUCGCUUUGUGAAGACUAACUACUGGGACGUUGUGCAGAAACUUCCGCACACACUCCAAAGCGGAGAGCAUACAUAUGUAUAUUCAGCUUAAUAUGAAUUUCUUAAUAACUGCGGUUUUAACACUCAUAGCGACACACGGCAGCGCGUCCAGUUUAAAUGUUGUUAGUGACGAUAGCAUAGCCAGUGCCCCAUUGCCUGCCACUGGCGCUGCUGUCGAUGAAGUGGUAGUCGAAUCUUCGCUCUACAUCAAACCAAAAACCAAUUUGAAACCACAGGUGCGACGUGUGCGUAGCAUACCUUUUGAUAUGCCUUUAAAUGACGCUUCAUUGCUGGAGCACGUGCGUGUUAAGCGUCGACCACAAUUCCAGCCCCUCACACCACAAUAUGGACAAUCGCAGGCUACCGCUGAUGCCUCAGCCUUUGAUAGAAAAGGCCCAAACUCGGCCGCUUCGAAUGCUGGUUCACAGGCGUUCAAUGCUUUUGGGCCAAAUGGAUCGUUUGGCGCCUCUUCAGCGGGCACCUUAGCGCAAACCUCGCAGUUGGGAUCGCAUGGCUUUCAAAUUUCCGCCGGCGCUUCGAUGAGUCAAAUGUAUCGGCUACCCAAUGGACAGGUAAUCAACUUUGCCAGCACAAACAGUUUUGCUAAUGGACCCUUCGAAAAUAAUGCCAACAGUCGCGGAUCUGCAGUGUCUGUAGGUCAGGCUUAAAGCUUUGAGUACUU